AAAUGUCUGAAAAACACAUUUUUCCUUGCUUCUAAAAGUUUGCAAAUAAUUGUUCUUCAUAAAUUUAGGCCGAGAUGUAUUCUGCUACAUGUCUUUGGUGAUAAUAACCCAAAUUAGGAUGUAUUAUUUAGCCCAAAUGUCAGGACGGUACAGAUAUCCCCCAAAUGUCAGAACGGUACAGAUAUCCCCCCAAUGUCAGGACGGUACAGAUAUCCCCCAAAUGUCAGAACGGUACAGAUAUCCCCCAAAUGUCAGGACGGUACAGAUAUCCCCCAAAUGUCAGAACGGUACAGAUAUCCCCCCAAUGUCAGAACGGUACAGAUAUCCCCCCAGUGUCAGGACAGUACAGAUAUCCCCCAAAUGUCAGGAUGGUACAGAUAUCCCCCAAAUGUCAGGACAGUACAGAUAUCCCCCCAAUGUCAGAACGGUACAGAUAUCCCCCAAAUGUCAGGACGGUACAGAUAUCCCCCAAAUGUCAGGAUGGUACAGAUAUCCCCCAAAUGUC